CGUUACUAUCACGCUCCUCUCCUCCGUACGUCGCGAUAAUUUGCCCGAUUCACGCUCCUGUUUUUCGGGGUCGGUUGACGGGGGGUUGAAAUGUUACAUUUACGGUCAAGGGCGCUGCUCAGGGAGAUUUUACACGGCCAGCUGAAGCGACCUACGGCAGGCAGAGUCCACGCAGCACCUGCAGCCGGCUGCUGGUCGCCUUCCCCGGCCACGGGGAGAGCUUUCAACGGGCCGCUCGUCAGGCAGACCGGUGCCAGAAGCUUUUGCUCCAAAGCAGACGGACACAACGAUGCCGCCAAAGAGUCUUCCAUGGAGAAGAGAAGAAAGGCAGGCGUUCUGCCUAGCUUGGAGGACCUGCUCUUUUACACAAUAGCUGAAGGCCAAGAGAAGAUCCCAGCACACAAAUUUACCACAGCUCUCAAAGCCACAGGGCUUCGCACAGGAGACCCCAGGCUCAAAGAAUGUAUGGAGAUGCUGAAGGUCACCUUGAAAACCACCUCAGAUGGUGCCCUGGACAAACAUCUUUUCAAAAAAUGUGUUCAGAGCAACAUAGUUCUGCUCACUCAAGCCUUCCGAAAGAAGUUUGUUAUCCCAGACUUUCAGCCCUUCUGCAGGCAUAUGGAUGAGCUCUACGAAAAUGCCAAGAACCUCUCUGGAGGACAGGUGGCCGACUACAUUCCCCAACUGUCACGCUUCAGCCCAGACUUGUGGGCCGUAUCGCUGUGCACCGUGGACGGUCAGAGGCACACGGUUGGCGACACCAAGGUUCCCUUCUGUCUGCAGUCCUGCGUCAAGCCGCUGAAAUACGCCAUCGCUGUACACGACCACGGAACUGAUUAUGUGCACCGAUUCAUUGGCAAAGAACCCAGCGGCCUGCGAUUCAACAAGCUCUUUUUGAAUGACGACGAUAAACCACACAACCCCAUGGUGAAUGCCGGUGCCAUUGUGUGUACCUCUCUCAUUAAGCAAGGAGCGAGCAACGCUGAGAAGUUUGAUUACGUCAUGAACUUCAUGAACAAACUGGCCGGGAACGAAUAUGUUGGCUUCAGCAAUGCCACGUUCCAGUCAGAGCGCGAGUCCGGAGACAGAAACUUUGCCAUCGGCUACUACCUGAAGGAAAAAAAGUGUUUCCCAGAGGGAACAGACAUGACCUCCAUCUUGGACUUCUACUUCCAGUUGUGCUCCAUCGAGGUGACCUGUGAGAGUGCCAGCGUCAUGGCAGCAACCCUCGCCAACGGCGGCUUCUGUCCCAUCACGGGAGAGCGUGUGCUGAGCCCGGAGGCGGUGCUGAACACUCUGAGCCUGAUGCACUCAUGUGGCAUGUACGAUUUCUCCGGACAGUUUGCCUUCCAUGUCGGACUGCCAGCUAAAUCUGGUGUUGCCGGUGGCAUUCUGCUGGUUGUUCCAAACGUCAUGGGCAUCAUGUGCUGGUCUCCUCCUCUAGACAAGCUGGGCAACAGUGUCCGAGGCAUCCAGUUCUGCACGGACUUGGUUUCCCUCUUCAACUUUCACAACUACGACAAUCUGAGACACUUUGCAAAGAAGCUGGACCCUCGCAGGGAAGGAGGGGACCAGAGAGUGAAGUCAGUGAUUAAUCUGUUGUUCGCUGCCUACACUGGGGACGUGUCCGCUCUAAGGAGGUUUGCCUUGUCCUCGAUGGACAUGGAGCAGAGGGACUACGACUCCAGGACGGCUCUGCAUGUGGCAGCGGCCGAAGGCCACGCUGAAGUGGUUCGCUUCCUGCUUGAGGCCUGCAAGGUCAACCCAAUUCCCAAAGAUAGGUGGGGCAACACACCGAUGGACGAGGCGGUCCACUUCGGCCACCACGACGUGGUCACCAUCCUGCGUGAUUACCACAACCUGUUCAGUCCUCAGGAGAGCCCGGCGACAAAGGAGAACGCGGAGAAAAACUUGGAUGGCAUGCUGUGAAAUGUCAGGUGUUUCUAGACAGAGCGUCAUUCUGUUCCGAUGACAAAAAAGUCUUAAUCUCGUUGUUAGCUGGUGUCACGCCACGUGUACUUCUACUGUAUUCUUUGAUGCGCUUUACUUUUGUGACACCCGGGAAGAUGUUACCAGCCAAACGCUGAAUGCUGGCUUCAUUUAGCGGCUGCCGGUUUUGUUUGAACUCUGAAAAGUACGUAGACUAGUAGGGAUGUCCGAUAAUAUCGGACUGCUGAUAUCAUCGGCCGAUAAAUGCUUUAAAAUGUAAUAUCGGAAAUUAUCGGUAUCGGUUUCAAAAAGUAAAAUGUAUGACUUUUUAAAACGCCGCUGUGUACACGGACGUAGGGAGAAGUACAGAGCGCCAAUAAACCUUAAAGGCACUGCCUUUGCGUGCCGGCCCAGUCACAUAAUAUCUACGGCUUUUCACACACACAAGUGAAUGCAACGCAUUUUUGGUCAACAGCCAUACAGGUCACACUGGGGGUGACCGUAUAAACAACUUUAACACCGUUACAAAUAUGUGCCACACUGUGAACCCACACCAAACAAGGAUGACAAACACAUUUCGGGAGAACAUCCGCACCGUAACACAACAGAACAAAUACCCAGAACCCCUUGCAGCACUAACUCUUCCGGGACGCUACAAUAUACACCCCCUGCUACCUGCCCAACCCCGCCCACCUCAACCUCCUCAUGCUCUCUCAGGGAGAGCAUGUCCCAAAUUCCACGUUGCUGUUUUGAGGCAUGUUAAAAAAAAUAAUGCACUUUGUGGCCCUAAAUAAUAAAUAUGGCAGUGCCGUGUUGGCAUUUUUUUCCCAUAACUUGAGUUAGACUUAGACUUAGAAAAUCUUUAUUGUCCCCGAGGGGCAAUUUGGUUUGCAGCAGUAGUCAUUAAAAACAAGGUUCAACAGUAAAAACGAGGUACAACAGUAAAAACAAGGUACAACAGUAAAAACGAGGUACAACAGUAAAAACAAGGUACAACAGUAAAAUCAAGGUACAACAGUAAAAAUGAGGUACAACAGUAAAAACGAGGUACAACAGUAAAAACAAGGUACAACAGUAAAAACGAGGUACAACAGUAAAAACAAGGUACAUCGGUAAAAUCAAGGUACAACAGUAAAAAUGAGGUACAACAGUAAAAACGAGGUACAACAGUAAAAACAAGGUACAACAGUAAAAUCAAGGUACAACAGUAAAAACGAGGUACAACAGUAAAAAGAAGGUACAUAUACAUAAAAUACAUACAACAUACAAACCAUCAUGAAGGCAUUGAGCUAAAAACUAGAAACAUUUGUAAUACAAUAAAAACUAAUCAUCACACGUGGCUUCCCACUAAAGUGACUGCAUAGCAGCUAAGCUUGUUUAAGAAGCUCAUUUAUAAAGUCAACAGCUGAGGGAACAAAGGAUCUUAUGUAUCUGUUGUUUUUGGCCUUUCUAUUACUCGGGGCGUACCUGCAUCCUGAGCACCAGAGUCUAAACUCUGAGAAGAGACGGUGCUGAGGGUUGACCAGAAUGGCCUUUGCCUUCUGGAUGACUCUGGCCUGAUAGAUCUGGUUCCGGGGGUUCAAGGUAGUGCCUAUGGUCUUUUGGCACACCUUGAUUAUACCACCUAGUCUGUUUUUAUUGGCCACACUGAGGUUACCAAACCAGGAAGUGAUAGAAGAAGUUAAAAUAGACUCGAUACAAGAUGAAUAGAACAUCCUCAUCAGUGUCAUCAAUUUAAAGGCCUACUGAAAGCCACUACUACCGACCACGCAGUGUAAUAGUUUAUGUAUCAAUGAUGAAAUCUUAACAUUGAAACAAUUCCCGCCACACUUCCGGUUGAAAAACUCCUUUGGAUAUGAUUUAUGCGCGUGACGUCACAAAAUCCACGGAAGUGGUUGGACCCCAUCUGACCCGAUAUAAAAACCUCUUGUUUUUUCGACAAAAUUCCACAGUAUUCUGGACAUCUGUGUUGGUGAAUCUUUUGCAAUUUGUUUAAUGAACAAUGGAGGCUGCAAAGAAGAACCUUGUAGGUGGGAUCGAUCGGUGUCUUAGCGGCUAAGUACAAUACUUACAGCAACACAACAAGGACUACUUACUACGUCUAGCCCAGGGGUCGGCAACCCGCGGCUCCGGAGCCGCAUGCGGCUCCUUGACCACUCUGAUGCGGCUCAGCUACAUACAUGCCGACCCCCCCGAUUUUCCCAGGAGAUUUAUGGAUCUCAGUGUCCCUCAUAGAUUACUCCCAGGGAAAAAAUAAUCCUAUUUACACUCUAAUUACUAAAUAAAGGGCAUGCCCUAAUUGCACUGCAGUAAUUGUCCUCUAUAGCAUUUACUUACAGCGUGCCAGUCCAGCCACAUGUUGCAUGUUGUUAUUACUUGCACACACAGGAGACAGCAAAGCAUACUUACUCAUCAGCCACACAGCUUACACUGACGGUAGCCGUAUCAAACAACUUUAACAUUGUUACGUUACAAAUAUGCGCCACACUGUGAACCCACACCAAAAAAGAAUGAAAAACACAUUUCUGGAGAACAUCCCACCGUAACACAACAUAAACACAACACAACCAUUACCCAGAAUCCCAUGCAGCCCUAACUCUUCCGGUCUACAUUAUACAUCCCCGCUACCACCAAAUCCCCCCACACAUCAUGUUUUUAUCAUAGUUCUGUGAGGUCCGGUUGCUAAGUUGCUAAAUUAGCCUUAGCGUCGUUAGCAACAGCAUUGUUAAGCCUUACCAGGCUGAGAAUUUUUAACCGUGUAGUUACAUGUCCAUGGUUUAAUAGUAUUGUUGAUCUUCUGUCUAUCCUUCCAGUCAGGGGUUUAAUUCUUUUGUUUCUAUCUUCAUUUGAGAACGAUGCUAUCACGUUAGCUCAGUAGCUAAGUGUGUCACCGAUGUAUUGUCGUGGGGAUAAAAGUCACUUUAAAUGUCCAUUUCGCGUUCUCGACUCUCAUUUUCAAGAGGAUAUAGUAUCCGAGGUGGUUUAAAAUACAAAUCCGUGAUCCACAAUAGAAAAAGGAGAGGGUGUGGAAUCCAAUGAGCCAGCUUGUACCUAAGUUACGGGCAGAGCGAAAAAAGAUACGUCCAUCACUGCCUCUCUAGUCCUUCACUGUAACGUUCCUCAUCUACGAAUCUUUCAUCCUCGCUCAAAUUAAUGGGGUAAUCGUCGCUUUGUCGCUCCGAAUCUCUCUCGCUCCAUUGUAAACAAAGGAAAAUUGUGAGAAAUAUUACCUCCUGUGGCGUCACGCUACUUCCGGUACAGGCAAGGCUUUUUUUUAUCAGCGAGCAAAAGUUGCGAACUUUAUUGUCGAUUUUCUCUACUAAAUCCUUUCAGCAAAAACAUGGCAAUAUCGCGAAAUGAUCAAGUAUGACACAUAGAAUGGAUCUGCUAUUCCCGUUGAAAUAAAAAAAAUUCAUUUUAGUAGGCCUUUAAAUGGACCCCGACUUAAACAAGUUGGAAAACUUAUUCGGGUGUUCACUGUGCAACCUACUAAUAAAAGUCUCAAUCAAUCAAAGUCCUAUCAACCUGAAAGCCCCUCAGUCUCCUCGAGAAAAACAGCCUCUGAUUGGCCUACUUGCAAAUACGGUCAGUGUUGGCAUCAAAGGUCAGUUACUUGUCUAAAAUUGUGCCUAGAUACUUGUAUUCACGGACUAUCUCAACAGCAGAGCCAUUACUGAGAAUGGGUGAGUUGAUUUAUUUUGGGAAACCUUGUUACAUUGUUUAAUACAUCCAGCGGGGCAUCACAACAAAAUUAGGCAUAAUAAUGUGUUCAUUCCACGACGGUUGAUAUCGGAAUCGUUAAUUAAGAGUUGGACAAUAUCGGAAUAUCGGCAAAAAAGCCAUUAUCGGACAUCUCUAUAGACUAGUGUAUUAGACUAAACCAUCCCUCCCUUUUUACGGGCACACGGUGGAAUGUAACACUCGGUAAGUCAUCACAGUUAUGUAUUUGUGUUUAUUUAUGGUACAAGUCAGUGUUGUGUACGUGUGUGUGCGAGUGUGCGUAUUGUGGCUUUUCGUGUGACACGUGAUAAAUGAAACCACCAAGAUGUGAGUGUACGCUAUUCAAACCUAAGUACAAUUGUUUGCGCUGGUCAAUGUUUAGCGCAUUUUUACUUAUUUAUUUGCUAUUUAUUCUGUAGUGUUUAAGCGGUUUGCCAAAGUUCAAAUAGUUUGUUGUGACAGUACAACACAUGUCGCUGCCAUAGCAGAGCUUUUUCCAAUGGUUUCCCUUUGAUUUAGUUUGUAGCGCAGAUUGUGAACUUGUACUUUCAACGGUUCUUUCUCAGGGAGGUUUUGAGAUGCUUCACUGGAAAAUUGCGGGGAGUUGUUUGGAUGUUGACGUAAAUACCCUAGAAGCACAAAAAAACUCCUUUUUGCCGCACAAAUAAACGUAAAGACGGCAGGUGAUGCCCAUGUUUGUGUUGCUGUUGUGACUUGAUGUCCAUAUGUAGGGGAAAUAUUGUCACAAAUAAAACAUAUUUAAUACACAAAUACUCACUCAAUGUUCUAGAGCGGUGGUUCUUAACCUUGUUGGAUGUACCGAACCUCACCAGUUUCAUAUGCGCAGUCACCGAACCCUUUAGUGAAAAAUAAAAUGUUUAAUGACGAUAUUGAUCUGCACUGCAAAAACUGAAAUCUAAGUAAGAUUAAUUAUCUCAAAUAAGGGUGAUAUUUGCUUAUUUUCCGUCUGAUAAGAUAAUUCUUCUCACUCAGCAGAUUUUAUGUUAGUGUUUUACUUGUUUUAAGUGUUUUGCUCCUAAAUGAUCUCAGUAAGAUAUUACAGCUUGUUGCUGAGAUUUGAUGACCUACACUACCGUUCAAAAGUUUGGGGUCACCCAAACAAUUUAGUGGAAUAGCCUUCAUUUCUAAGAACAAGAAUAGACUGUCGAGUUUCAGAUGAAAGUUCUCUUUUUCUGGCCAUUUUGAGCGUUUA